CCGCUGAACGAGCCGGCAUCACGCCAAUUUUCAGCACACAUUGCAAUUGUAGCUUCUAUUCAGCAGCCAUCAUUCUGCCUGGUUGGUCAAACCUAGUGAAGUUAAGUGCAAAAAAAAAAACGUGUGGCUACUAAUAUCACUGUUUGAUCAAAUUAAGUGCUAGAAGUUACAUUUCUGUAAUCCACAUAUUUUUUUUUUCCAAAAUGUCUGAAGAAAAAAAGGACUCGAAGGGAUCCGAAUCGGAGCACAUUAACUUGAAAGUCCUUGGACAGGACAACGCCGUGGUGCAGUUCAAAAUAAAGAAGCAUACUCCCCUGCGGAAACUAAUGAACGCUUACUGCGAUCGAGCGGGUCUGUCUAUGCAGGUUGUCCGAUUUCGGUUCGAUGGCCAGCCAAUCAACGAGAACGAUACCCCGACAACAUUGGAAAUGGAGGAAGGAGAUACAAUCGAAGUGUACCAACAACAGACAGGCGGAAAGCUUUAUUUUUAAAUUUAUUUUAAUUUCGUGUAUAAACAUCUAACUAUGCAGUAACAAAAUACAUUUCUUGCUUAACUGUCAUACGAAAUUUACAAUAUUUGGAAUAAUUUCAAUG